CUGGUUCCGCAGUUUAUUUCGCCCGAACCGCCCUGAGGCGUAAGGCUCUCCUCAUAUCUGUACGAGUAUCAUGAUAAUGAGACGUUGCUUGGAGCUUAGGGCUUAGCGAGAGGUCUCGUUGGGCCCCCCAGCGGCCCUGCGACCGGAUGGACCGGGACUGGGGCCCAGGCGGCGGGUACGGGGGCCGGGGAAGGGGAGGGCGCCGCAGCGGCGACGGUGGCGGCGGCCGCUACAGUGGUGGCGGCGGCGGCCGUGGAGACUACUACCGCGGGGGCAACCAUUUCGGCGGUGGCGACCGCUACCGUGGCGGCGACAGCUUUCACCGUGAUGGGCUGAUGCCGGGAGUCAUGGGCGGCACUCCGCCGGGCUACCCCCACGACGGCCCUCACGGCUUCUACCAUGACGUGCCCCAGGGCGGCAUGGAUGGCGCCCCGCCCCACAUGCGACACCAGCCGCCGGGCCCAGGGCCGGCGGGGCCGGGGCCGGGGCGAGGGCUAGGGCUAGGGCUGUACGGAGGAGGAGGCGGGGGACCGGUCAGCGGCAGCGGCGCGUGCCCGCCGACGCAGCACGCCCCGCCGCCUACGUACCAGUACGGCGCGCCGCAGCCGCAACUACCAUACGUGCUGCCGCAGCCGCCACAGCAGCCGCCGCAGUACGACUACAGUAGCUAUUACGCCCACGCACGGCCGCAGGGCCCAUAUGGGGCCGCGUCGGGGCCGGGUUACCCACCGCCAUUGGCCGUGUCGGGUUUGGCGUCGCCCCUAGCUCCUAUUGGCUCGCCCCCGGCCCCGCCUCCUGGGAUAUCUCCGACAGGCAGGAUGCCGCCGCCGCUGGCACCGCCGCUGCCACCAGAGGAGCCGCCGCAGCCACCGCCACCCGGUGAAGGCUCGGGGCCGGGCGCCGCCACGCCGCCGCCGCUGCCUCCCAGCGACGACGGCGAAGACGGGGAAUGCGACGAUGGCGGCGUGGGCACGACAGCGGCGGUGGCGGGGCGGGGUCGCGGCGGUGGCCAGGCAGCGCCGCAGUUGUCGCCGCCGCAGCAGCCGUCGGCAGGCGGCGCCAACGGUAGCGGCAAGGGAGCGGCAGACGGGGCGGGAACUGGCACGCAGGGAAGUGCCGAGGCCGCUUCGGCGGGCGCGGAUGUGGGCAGAGCUGCCGUGGAGGUAGUGGCCGGGGCGGGGGCGGUUCAGGCCUUCACUAUUAAGGCUGCCAAGCCGCCGGCGGUGAUCAGUCACAAUACGCUGGUCGGCAGCCGCCGGGGGCUGCCUGUGGGUGUGACGGCGGCGGCGGCGGCUGCCAAGGGCUCCAAGGCUGGCACUCGCGCCAAGUCAACCACGCCGCAGCCUUCCUUCGGCGGCGGCGAUGUCGUGGACUAUGAUUUUGACGGCACAGCAGCCGACAAGGGCGGAGGCGGAGGCGCCGCUGGCGGCGCCGCUGCGGGCGCCGCCCUGGGCGCUGCCACCACCAGCACUGCCGACUCGGCGGCGGCGGCAGGCGGCGACGCGGGCAAAGACACAGCCGCUGUACAGGCCGUGGCGGCGGCGGCGGCUGUGGAGGCGGCUGUGGCGGCGGCGGCGGCGGCGGCGGCGACGGCUGCGCGGCUCACAUCGCCCGCCAGCCGCGCCACGACGCCAGAGCCAUGCAUAGCCGCCGUCACCGCAACCCGUGCAACCACCACCAUCACCACCACGACAAGCGCCGGCACUCGCUCGCCCCUCCCGCAGCGCUCGCCUGGUCCGCACCGCUGGGGCUGCGCGGAGCCCCUGGCGGCAACGGCGGCGGCGGCUCCCCUCGCAGCGCUCGCUGGCUCGCCGCUACAUGCCCGAAUUGGGACUACGGCUGCCACAGCUGCCGCUGCCGUCGCUGCGCCUGCGCUCGCGCCUGCUAUCGUGGCUGCUGCCGCGCAGCUGCCGCCGCAGCUGCAGCAAAAGCGUAAUCGCUGGGACAAGAAGACGGCCCAGGAGGGGGAGGCAGGCCGGGGAGCGGACACGAGCGCCGCCACCUCCACCGUUGCCACCGCCGCUGCCGCCGCCGCUUCGGAGGGUGCGAUAUUGAUGGAGGACAUCAUGGCGCAGCUGGAAUGUAUGAAGGCGGCUCGCAGAGGCUCGCACCCGCCGCAGGACCCGCCGCCUGUUGCUGCCGCUGCUGCUGCCGCGGCCGCUGCUGCUGCGGCCGCUGGCGCCGCUGCCGCUGGUGCCGCCGCAGGCGCGGUUACUGCCGCUGGUGCCGCCGCAGGCGCGAUUACUGCUGCAGGCGCGGUUACUGCUGCUGCCGCGGCCGCUGGCGCCGCGGCCGCUGGUGCCGCCGCAGGCACGGUUACUGCUGCUGGCAGUGUCGGCGGCGCCGCUGCAGAGCCACCGGGAGUGCCGGCAGGGCACCGCAGCGGCGGGGCCACACCGCUCUCCCCACCGCACGCCGUCGCGGGCGCGGCGGAGCAGCACCGCGUGCUGGCACGCAGCCCCGGCCGCAGAGACAGCCGGCACGGCGGCAACCGGAGCCGCAGCAGUAGCCGUAGCCGUAGCCGUAGCAGCAGUGGCAGUAGCAGCUCGAGCAGCGGCGACGGCAGCAGCCGCAGUAGCAGCACCACGAGGAGUCAUAGCGGCAGCAGGGGUUCUCGAGACCGGCACAGGAGGCGGAGAGAGUCCAGGCCAAGUACCGGGGCCGGGGCGGGCGCAGCAGCCAAAGCGCCGGAGCAAACCGCGCCGGCCGCGGCGGCCAGAACCGCCGCCGCCGCCACCAGCAGGCUCGUCUCACCGGCGCCGAUGGGCGCAGCAGCAGGCGGGGCUCGUGAGUCAGGGGCUGGCCGCAGCCGGGAUCGCAGCCGGGACCGCAGUAAAGGCAAGGAACGUGAUCGCGACCGCAACACGGACCGGGAGCGGGACCGGCGGCGAGACAGCAGCCGAGAACGUGAGCGGGACAAGGGGCGGGAGCGCGAGCGCGAGCCCAGGGGGCGGGAGCGGAGCGGCGGCGGCAGCGAGCGCCGGAGCUCCCGCGACAAGGAGCGGAGCGGAGCGGGCGACAAGGCAGGCCGGCAGGAGCGGGAUCGCAGUAGGGACCGGCGGCGUGACCGCAGCCGCGACCGCGCGCGCGGCGCCAGUGCCGCCGCCACCGCCGCAGCGCCUGCCAACGGGCGGCCCGGUAGCCGCUCUCCUCUGCGCCGACCGCCGCCGCGCAGCCCCUCCCCGAGCGGCGCGACCGGUCGCCACACGCACUCGCGCGGCGGCGGCCGCCCCGGCGACGCUCAUCUGCCCGGGCUUGGGCCGUACGGAUCGCACGGAUCGCACGGACUGCACGGACUGCACGGACUGCACGGACUGCACGGACCGCAUGGGUCACAUGGGAGGGAACGGCGGCUCCACGAGCCGGAGGCGCACGGGCGGGACCGAGACCGGUACGGCAGAGACGGCCGGGACGGCUGGGAGCGGCGGGGCCCGGAGCGGGGGGAACGCGGCACGUACCAUGCCGGGGAGGAGGGCCGCCGCCGGCCCGGCUCGAGGGAGGGCUCGCCCCGCGGCAGGCCGCCGCCGGCGUCGCCUGGAGGCCGGCUGGGUGCCACAUAUAGCGAGCGGGAGCGGGAGCGGGAAAGGCUGCGUGGACCGCGUGUAGGCCUGGGCGGCGAGGGACACCGCAGCCGGCCCGGCUCCUCGCCGCCCCGCUCGCCGCCGCCGCCGUCCUAUGAGCCGCAUCGUGACGCCGCGCACAGACGCGGCGGCGGCGCCGCCGCCGCCGCCGCUGCCCCCGCCGCUGCCCCCGCCGCCGGCCACUCCUCCCGCCUUGACGCGGCUACCGGCGCAACCACGGCCCCAGUCCCAGGCCACGCGGCCGUCGAUGGGGCGCUGGGGCACUCGCCACUGCCGCCUCUGCCGCCGGGGCCGCCGCCGCCAGAUGCCCAGACCGUCACCGUCGCCGCCGCUGCGCCCAUGCCAAACUACAGCCCUUUCACGUCUGACGACGAGGACGCAAUGAUCCUGUCAUCCGACGAGGAGGGCGCGGUGCCGCCGCCGCCGCCGCCGGGCGCGCCGCCGGCGCCGGCGCCACACGGCUCGCAGCGGCCGCCGCAGCUGCCGCCACACCUGCAACCGCAGUACGGCGGCACGGCGGCGCCGCCGCAGGGCCACCAUCAACCCCAAGCCCACAGCCACAGCCAUAGCCACCACCGCCACGGCCACAGCCACCACAGUCACCACAGCCACCACCAAGCGCACGCGCCGCACCACAGCCCGCACCCGCACCCGCACCCGCACGGGCCGCACACGCCCGCGCCGCCAUCGUCGCCCAAACCCAUGGUGCCGCCCGGCGUGACGGACGAGCACCUGGCCGCGAUGCGCGAGGCCUACCGGUCCGAGGUGGGCCGGCUGCUGCGGCUGUACGGCCGCGCUGGCGGCGAACAAGGGGAACAGCAGGCGCAGCCGGGGUCUGGACCCCGCCGGCCGCCGGCGCCGCCGGCGGGCGUCCAGGCUCUGCAGCUGAUCAGCGAAGGCUAUCACGCGACCGUGGAUGCGGUUGAGCUGGGAAAGACGGAUUCGGAGGAUGUGGUGCCGGUGCCCAUGCCGGCGGCGGUGUCGGCUCCCGGCGGCCACCAGGGCGGCCGCGGCGGCGGCGGCGAUGACGACGACGAAGGGGCUAGCCCCGGCCCCGAAAACGCCGAACAGCUGCCCCUCACCGACGAGACGCGGGUGUUCCCCUGGGCCGUGGACCGAGGCGCCGAGCCCGCCGACCUACGUGUGCCGCCGCGAGCUGACCAGCCGCCGCUGGCACCCGCCUCCCCCGUGUUCCUGUUGGCAGUGGAGUUCCCCUCCGACGAUACCGCCUUCCAGCCAUGGCACCUCCUCACAUGGCCCCAGCCGCACCAGCAAAACCAGCAGCAACGUGCAGGCGGCGGCGAUGCCGCCGCCGCCGCCGCCGCCGUCGCCGGCGGCGGAGCCGCCGGAAGCUACGGGCUGGAGUACGCUGGCAGUGCCGGUGAGACCGUGCUGGCGGCGGCGGCGGCCGCCGCCGCCACGGCCAGUGACCCCGAGAUCGGUGUGUACCGCUACCCGGUCACCGUGCCCAACAAGACUGACGCCAAGCUGCUGUGCACGGAGCGGCGCGCGGAGCCGCUGGCCAAGCUGCGGCAGUGGGCGGCGCGCGGCGGCGCAGAGGGCUCCGCGGCCGAGCACUUCCUGCCCGUGUGGGGGCAGAGCGUGCAGCGUGUGGCGGACGGGCUGUGGCUGCCGCUGACGCAGGAGCUCAUCACGCCAGAGCAGCUGCGCUGGGAAGCGCGCCGCGAGGACGCUGUAGCGGCACUGGCGGCCGCCAACACCCAGCCCACGUCCGCCACCGCGCUGCUGGCGGCCGCCUUUGCCGCGGCCACCGCCUCCGCCGCCGCCGCCGCCACAGGCAGUGCCGCCGUGCGGCCGACGUCAGCGGCCUCAGGCCCUGGGCCCCUUGCUGCUGCCGGUGCCAGCCGCGUCAGCCGUGUGGCGGGCUCGGCGUCUCCCGGCGCGCUUCCGGCCCGCGCCUCAGGAGAGUCCGACCUCCUCGAGCUGCUUGAACGCAGCCGCGGCCCCGACUGCUGGCUAUGGCCGCGCGGCAGCGGCGGCAGUGGCCGCCCAGGCCAGGGCGGCGCCAAGCGGACCCAACCGCUUGCGAAUGGCCGUAGCGGCAGCGCCAGUCUGUCGGCCAGGGCCACAUCCGCAUCCCCGCCGCCGCCGGCGGCUGCGGCGGCGGCUGCGGCUGGGGCGAAGGCGGGUGCCGGCACCGGCAGUGCCCUGGCAGCACUGCACGCCGCACUCACGUCUGCCGCCAGGAGUCGGGGCGGGCCUAGGCCAGGCGGCAGUGGGCGAGGCGACGGCGGAGACGGCGGUGCUGGCAACGGAGGCGGUGGCGGCGGCGGCGCGCGGGGCCCCAGCGCCUCGCCCUGCUCGCCCAACGCGCCCUCCUCACUCUUCUUCUCCGUCGCUGCUAGCCAGCGGGAGCCGGCGACGUCGCCGCCGCCGCCGCGGCCGCUGGCGGCGGCGCUGCCUGACUGGCUGGCGGCUCUGCCGUACACGCGCGUGUACGGCGACGCCGUAUCCGGGCCUGGUGGCAGAGGCGGCACUGCCAAGGAGCAGCAACAGCAGGCAGGGGGGCAGCAGCCGGGGCAGGGGCAGCAGCAAGGUCAGCAGCGGCCCGGUGAGAAGUCGAGGGCGCUGUGGGGUCCGCCGCCGCCGCUGCAGGUGCUGGCGGACCUGCGCUUCCAACUGUUUGAGGACGCGCACAAGCGGCUGCCGCUGCUGUGCUAUAACCUGGUCAAGGAGGUGCUUGAAGAAAUUCGAAGCGGCAAGCGCACCAGCGCGAGCCAACGGCCGCCGGCGGCCGGGCCGGCUGGCAGGGGCGCACCCGCACCCGCACCUCCACAUCCUCCAUCUGCACCUCCCGCACCGCCACCUCCCGCACCGCCACCACCACCACCUGCGCCUUCGCCGGCUGCGCCUCCGCCCCCGGCCGGCAGCAAGCGCCCGCACGGCGACGACGAGAGGGACCAACAAGCAGACGGCAGAGUUGGCGCGCCGCCAGUGCCGCCGCCUCCGCCGCCGCCUCCGCCGCCAUCACCGCCGCCGCCCGAGGCCGGCGCUGCGCCACAACCUCCCGGCGAAACCACAGCGCCGGCUGCACGGGCUAGCGACACCACAUCGCCUGCUGCCGCAUCGGACAAAGCCGCUGGGGCCGCCGCAGCGGACGCAGCCGCGGCGGCCGCGGCUGCAGCACCGCGCCCCGCCAAGCGGUCACGCUGGGACGUGCCGUCCAAGGCGGGCAAUGCAGCGCCGCCGCAGCCCUCAGACGCCGGUGCGACCGCGCCUGCUGCGGAAACUGCUGCUCCUGCUCCUGCUGUUGCUCCGGCUGCUCCAGCGGUGGCUGCUCCGGUUGCUGCGAUCCCUGCCGCCGUGAGUCCUGCCGCUGCCGCCGAGCCCGCGCCUGCUACCGCGGCGCCUGCCAUGGCGGCCGCGGCCGCGGCGGCAACGCCAACGGCUGAAGGGGUGGCGGACGCGCUCGUCGUGGGCGAUGUGGAGAUGGAGGAUGCAGGCGCGCAGCCCAAUUCGGCAGCGGCAGCGGCAGCCGGAGAGGCUCACGCAGGUGCAGGCGCAGUUGCAGAGGCGCAGGCAGGUGCAGGCACAGUGGCAGAGGCGCAGGCAGGCGUAGGUGCAGAGGCAGAGGCGCAGGCAGGAGCAGGUGCAGUGGCAGAGGCGCAGGCAGGUGCAGGCGCAGUGGCAGAGGCGCAGGCAGGUGCAGGCGCAGUGGCAGAGGCGCAGGCAGGCGCAGGCGCCGAGGCAAGAGGAGCGGCAACAGGGCGUCCGGCGGACGACCAGUCCGCACCGGAAGCCGACAUGCGUCAGUCCGCUGCUGAGCCUGCGCCGGUGCCGGCGUCGGACGCUAACGCCGCCGCCGCCGCCUCUUCCGCUGUGGAGGUGGUGGAGGCCGAGGCGCCGGCUGCCAUGGAAUGUGAUGCGCCGGUGCAGCAGGCUGCGGAGGCCGCAUCUGGAGUUGCAGCGGAGGCGGAGGCAGUGGAGGCCGAGGCCCCGGUAGUUGAGGGCGGCCAUGCAGCUGCCAUGGACGUUGAUGAGCCUGGGGCCGCGCCUGCGCCAGAGGCAGUGGGGCCGCAUCCCGCACAGGCGCAGCCGCAGCAGCAGCCGCAGGAGCAGCCGCAGGAGCAGCCGCAGGUGCAGCCGCAGGUGCAGCCGCUGCAGCAGCCGCAGGAGCAGGCGCAGGAACAGCAGCCUGAGCCCCAGGCGGAGCCCGGGACGGAGCAGCAGCCGCUACAAACAGGGACUGCUGCAGAGGCGUUGCGGGCUGGGGAAGACGCUACGCCGCUUCCUGGUGCGAGCACGGCGCCGCACAAACCGGCACCAGGCGCAGCGACCCCCGGCCGAGGCGCGGCCAUGUCGCCGGGCGGCUCCGACCCCGGGACGCGCGCCGCCUGCGCCGCCCUCCUGGCUGCAGACCUGCUGCUGGCGGCGGCUCCGCCUCUUGUCGCCGUCGUGGAGGAGGAGCCAGAGGGGGCUGCCGGACAGCCCAAGGCGGUAGCGGCGGCGGAGGAGCAGAAGGCGGAUGCGCCGGAGCAGGCUGUGGAGGUGGUCGCGGCGGUGCAGGCGGCGGCAGCGGCGGUGCCGCAAGCGGUGCCGGAGGAGGUGCCGGAGGCGGCAGAGGCGGAGGCGCUGCCUCCAGCCGCAGCGGCUGCGGACGCGGCGGCGGCCUCCCAGGUCGUGCAGCAUGCAGAAGCCAUGGACGUUGAUGAGCCUGUGACCGCGCCUGCGGCCGUGGCGGCGGCCGUGCCCCCGGGAGUCCCGGCGGCAACGGUGGCCACAGAAGUGCCGCCCGUGGUCACGACCGAGGCGGUGGAGCGGUGUCUGCUGGAGGCGAUGCGGCUGAUGUCGGAGGGCAUUGACCAGGCGGCUUUGCUACAAGACACGGACGAGGAGGAGGAGGAGGAAGACGAGGAGGAGGGGGAGGCGGGGGAGGAGGCGGGCCCGGGCGCAGCACAGCAGCGGCGGCCACGGCCGCUGCGCGCGCUUCGGACGCGCAUGCAGCGGUACGGCUUGCUUCCUUCCGUGCAAAGCGACCCUGGAGCAGCGGCGGCUGCUACUGCUGACGCCGCCGCCGCCCAGGGGCUACUGCCUCAGGCUGCCACCGUCGACAAGGCCACCGCUGCGGCACGCGAGGACGCCGCCGCGGCGGCCGGCGCCGCAGGCGCCGCCGCAGGCGAUGCUGGCGGCGCCGCAGCCGCUGCCGCUGCCGCUGCUGGCGCGGCCCUUGCGGCGCUGCAGGCGGAGUGGGAGGCGGCGGCGGCGCGCGCGGCGGCUCGCGGCGAGGAGGGCCUUCAGUGGGUGGCGGGCAUGAUGGAGGACCUGCAGGCCUCGGCGGCGGACAGCGGCGUGCCGCUGGAGGAAACCAGCGACCUCCAGAACGUGGAGGCGCGCAAAGAGCGCUUCACCCGCAUGGUGGCGCUGGGGCCGCAGCUGGCGGAGCGGGCGCGCGCCGUGUUUGGUCGCCUGAGGGCGCAGCUGGCGCAGGCGCAGGCGCCAGGGCCAGGGCCAGGGUAGGGGUAGGGGUGUGGGCAUGGGUUUUGGGGAGUGGAGUGGCCGUUUCGGCUCAGUCCCGUAUCCAAGGAAGGAGGCAGGAGUGUUGACUAGAGUGGGUAAGCCGCCGAGGCCAUGGCACCGUGUUAGGACGGCGGUAGAUUACAUUGUAGGUGGCGGAGAGAGCAAAGAAGACAGAAAGCAGGGAUUCGGUUACGCUCACGGCAAACCUUCAAACUGUCAUUGCUUAGGUGUUGGUCAGGCGCAUUGCGGAGUGCAGCGUUUAGGUCCUGAUGUUUGCUGUUUCCGUAAAGGCCUGUUGAGGUUUGGUGUCACGCGUGAUCCGAGGCGGAAGACUGUUCGAACGGCUUCGGGAGGGCGCGGAGAUGCGGGGGGCGAGGUAAGGUAGGCGGCCGUGUGUAAGGUGAUGCCGUGAUGGACGGUGUUGCCAGCGUUGAGAACUGUAGAGUGGCCUGUGCCCAUGGGGCCUACUGCUGCAGGCCAAUGCCUGCCACGGCUGCCAGUCUGGGGGCAAGGAAGCACGCCAAACCGUGUAAAGCUCUCCUGAGCUAAGCAAU